CUGCCGCAGAUCUCUGCAUAAUAUCUAGAAAAAUAAAAUUUUCACUAAAGGAAUCUUUUUUCCCAGUAUUUUAUUAACAUUUACUAAUAUUUCCGCUAUCAAACUUCAUACAAAUGCUACUGAUAAUAAAUAAACAACACGAUCAAGCCAAACGUUCAUAAAUCACAAAAUCGGCGCAGUGCCUAAAAUGGUUUCAAUUUUCGAGGAUUACGAACAGCAAUAUUCGGUUUUAACUGCGGAACUAACUGCACAAAUAGGCUUAUUGACGGCGUCCGCCUCAAAAGACCGCCGUCAGCUGAUCUCAAAAAUAGAAAAACAUGUUGAGGAAGCGCAGGAACUCAUCGAACAAAUGGAUUUGGAGGUUAGGGAAGUUGAGUCAUCGAAAAAGCAUAGGUGUAAAACCCGGCUAGAUUGCUACCGCGCUGAACUCAAGCGGCUAACGUUGGAAUACAUAAAAGCGCGGUCGGUAAAACAGGAAGCUCUGUAUGAUAGCGCGGAAGAACUGCGGGAUAUUCGGAUAAAUAAUGAUCAAAAGCAAAAGCUCCUUGAUAACGCCGAAACCUUGGAAAGGACGGGUAGGAAAUUAAACGACGGGUACAGGGUGGUGGUAGAGACGCAAGAAAUCGGCAACCAAGUUCUGCGAGACUUGUCGGAUCAAAGAGAAACCAUACAGAGAUCGAGAGCGCGAUUACGCGAUACGGGCGAAGAAUUGAGCAGAUCGUCGCGAAUUUUGAACUCGAUGCUUGUGAGGGCCGUCCAACAGAAAGUGAUCCUUUAUACAGUGGCGGCGUGCUUUAUAGCGUUCAUUUGUGUGGGCCUUUAUUUUGGUUUCCACGACUAACACGGCAUCUGUUGCAACAUUGCACCAAAAUCACUCCAUCGCGUCAUAGAUAUAUUUAUUGUUAUUCAUUAUUGAUAUAUAUGGGUCUGUGUGGGACCUGAGGGGUCUCUGACUCGAUAAUUUCCAAGACUUGCGUUAAAUAAAUCAUGCGGGUAAGUUUUCCUCAUUACCCUACAAAUGAAAAAACUACGCGUGGAUCUGGUCUCAACAUGUAAUUACCGUAAAACUGAUUUUCUUUUUAAAUGUUAAUCGACACACUGUUAACUUGUUUUGAGCUAAAGAUUUAAUAGAAUCGGGACAUAUUCGGAGCAAAUACAGUCGAAAAAGUGCCCAUCCCUACUGAAAACCAUUGAAUCGAUGAACUGUCAGCGGCCAUGUUGAUUGUUGGACUUCGGAAGAUCUUAUUGGUGGCUGUGGCUAAAACCAUAUAGCUAUUGGAUAAAAUAGUGACCCUACUAUGGUAAAGACUGAUACUUCUCAGGUGGCUGUGAAGGGAUUGAUUUUACGCGCAUGCAUCUACAAAUUAAAAAAUGAGAUGAGAGAUGUUAAAUGAAAAUGUUCUUAAUUGCUUUAUCGCUUCAUAAUAUGUAUUAUAAGAAUUAGGCAGGUCCUAUGAGCGGAAAACGGUUAUCACGCAACAGUUGAGAUCACUUGAAACGAUUUUCAUCAAGCGUGGCGAUUAUUUGACGUUGACACGGUUGUCACAGUAACAAAUAUGGUAAAGUUACUAAAGUUUGCUUAUUUUAAAGU